CACAAGCAGCUUCGCUUUAACUGGAGUGCCCGGGAGUCGCGUGCCAGGAGCCGCACGGCCGAGGACUGACUGACAGACAGACACGCACCACCACCACAACACACGAGACCCGGGCGGAUCGCCGCGGCCGCCGGGGCUCUUGGCAAACUCGCCCGUCGGACUGGUCCCCCGCGGAGCCGCGCCAGGGCCGCUGUUUUCAAGCGACGAGAAGGACGCAGCGCUGCGCUCCCGGCAGCGCGGAGAAUCGCAGCACACGCCCAAGUAAUAGCGACGCCGAAACGCAUUUAGGGAGCGAACGACGAUGUUUGUCAAAUCCGAGACGUUGGAGUUGAAGGAGGAAGAGGACGUGCUGGUGCUGCUCGGCUCGGCCUCCCCCGCCUCGGCUGCCCUCACCCCGCUGUCGUCCAGCGCGGACGAGGAGGAAGAGGAGGAGCUGGGCGCGGCGGGCGGGGCGCGCGGGCCGCAUGGGGCCGAGGCGCGGCCCGGGGCGCUGGGCGGCUCGCCCGCGGGAGCCGAGGGCUGCCGGCCCGCGCGGCUGCUAGGUCUGGUGCACGAGUGCAGCAAGCGGCGCCCCUCCAGGGCGCGGGCCGUUUCCCGCGGAACCAAGACGGCCGAGACGGUGCAGCGCAUCAAGAAGACCCGUAGACUGAAGGCCAACAACCGUGAGCGCAACCGCAUGCACAACCUCAAUGCGGCACUGGACGCGCUGCGCGAGGUACUCCCCACGUUCCCCGAGGACGCCAAGCUCACCAAGAUCGAGACCCUGCGCUUCGCCCACAAUUAUAUCUGGGCGCUCACCGAGACCCUGCGCCUGGCGGACCACUGCGGGGGUAGCGGCGGAGGCCUGUCGGGGGCGCUCUUUUCCGAGACCGUGUUGCUGAGCCCGGGAGGCGCUAGCGCCUCCCUGAGCAGCAGCGGAGACAGCCCAUCGCCUGCCUCCACCUGGAGCUGCACCAACAGCCCAGCGCCAUCCUCCUCGGCGUCCUCCAACUCCACGUCCCCCUACAGCUGCACUUUAUCUCCUGCCAGCCCGGCGGGGUCUGACAUGGACUAUUGGCAGCCCCCACCUCCCGACAAGCACCGCUACGCACCUCACCUCCCCAUAGUCAGGGACUGUAUCUAG